CCACUUCCCUACCCCUGCAAGGCUAUAGCAAGAGCUGCUUUCACUUGACCCCUCUCUCCAGCCUGCCGAACCUCCUGACAAUAAACUCUUCCUUUAACUCCGGUGUUUGGUGCGUUUUGUGGUGACUUUGACCCACAGUCUUUGUGGAGUUCUUCGUCAUACCGUAACUCUGGUAAGCUUGGAAGAAGAGAGAAAGACCAAAGCUUGUGAGCCUGCAAUGAACCAUUAUCUCUUUUCUCAGAGGAAACCCUAAGACAGAGACCUGUAAAGACCAGAAGCUUCUGGGCUGGGAAACGAUGGUGCUAGAUCUUCAGGGAUGUUUGCCCCUCUUCCUAUUGCUGCUGCAACUAUUGGGUCCCAUGUGUUCACUUUGUGCUUGGCCUAAGUACCUCACCAAGGCUCGUUGGUUUGAAAUUCAGCACAUUCAGCCAAAUCUUCUCCAGUGCAACAGGGCGAUGAGAGGUGUCAAUAAUUAUACACAGCACUGCAAGCCCUUCAACACUUUUCUGCACGACUCUUUUCAGGAUGUGGCUGCUGUCUGUGAUUUUCCCAAUGUCACCUGCAGGAAUGGUAGGCACAACUGUCACCAGAGCCCAAAGCCUAUCAACAUGACCAACUGCAGACUUACUGCGGGGAAGUAUCCUGACUGCUCCUACAGUGAUGCAACCCAGUACAAAUUCUUCAUUGUCGCCUGUGACCCCCCUCAGAAGAGCGACCCUCCCUACCACUUGGUUCCUGUACACUUAGAUGAGAUUGUCUAAGGCUUUCAUCACUUUCCCUCUCAUUUAAUAAAUCUGAAUAAAUAUGCUUUAUAAUUUC